GGGCAUCAGAGGCCAAACCCUCUCAUUUGAAGCUGCAGGUUGUUGAUGCUGGGAGCAGACUAUUUCUUCUGGGAUGUGGUUGCUGGCCAAGUAUCUCCUCUUGUCCUCCCCAGUGUUACAUGCCCAGUUAUUACUAUAUCAGACCGAGAGGCUCCUGUUUGUGGAUACUGGGGGCACAGCUGAGAUCUCGUGCACUUCUACAGAUGUUAUUGAUGACAAAGGAAUUUCAUUCAGUUGGUACAGAAGACGAGAUGGUGAAAUAACACGUUUAACUGAGAAUGGCUGUGACAAGACGUCUGGUAAAUUUGUUUGCAAAGCGAAAGGACAGAAGGUGACGCUGGAAAUCUCCCGUCCUCAAAAGACUGAUGCUGGUCUCUAUUUCUGUGGCAGAAAGCUUGAUUUUUCAAAAAUGUCUCUCAGCAAUGGGACUUCCCUGAUUGUCGGAGACAGUUACACCCUGAGCACCUGGGUGAUGCUUUUGCUCCCUUCAGCAUCUAAGUCCCUGCACAGCAGCUAUCUCGCUUGCGUGGUCCAUGGAGCAUCCAACUUGGUCCAGGUGUCCUGGAAUAUCUCUGGAGAUCUCCAGCAAGAGGGACGGACGCUUUUGGUGAAAAACAGCAGCGGCUCCUUAACCUUCAUCAGUCUGCUUUCCGUCCCCAUGGUGGACUCUCAGAACAGCAGGAAGCUCUACACCUGUGAAGUCCGGUUCAACUCUUCCAGCAAGAGUGUGAAGAAGAGUGCCCCGUUCCCUGCAGCUUCCUCUGUGGGUACAGCUUCCUCUGAUCAUAACUGCACAAGCUACAAGAUACCCCUGGCUGUCAUGGUCCUGCUGGCAUUGCUGCUGCUUCUCCUGAGCUUUCUUUGGAUCCGGCUUGGCCCUUCCUGUCUAGCUUCACCGGUGGGAACCACUAAGAAAUGCCGGAGGGAGACUCUGCCCUGGUCUUCCAAGAGCAUGUUGGCGUUGCUGCUGCUGCUUCUCGUGAGCUGCCUUUGGAUCCGGCUGCACUUCCACUCCAGAUACCAGCUCAAGAUCACUGAAAUUCCAUCCUCAAGGAAUCCAUAGCCCAUAAUUUGCAGCACUUCCGGAGAAAAGCCAUAAAGAGCAAGGUGUCUCCUAAGUGGCUACGCCCAGCUGGAUUCUGCAUCGAAGAAUUGGGAAAGGAGCAAGAGGAGUUGAGCCUUGCAAGGGAAAUAAAUCAAGAUUGGAGGGACCUAAAAUAAGCCAGUGGACAGUCAAUGGAUGGACGGCUGUUGGGAUCAAAAACAGAGCAACCAACAUCCCCCAACUGCCUUGCAAAACACACACACACACAGAGCAUAUAAGAUACAACUUGGUCAUCAGAUGUUGGAAAAUAAAGACAAGGACGCCACCAUUAAUGCAGGAACAUUGUGUUUAACUGAAACAUCAACAUUAAUAUAAAAAAACCCCUCAUGCUUGAUACAGGUGUAAACAUUCAGUUAGUUGAAAGAAAUAAACUCCAGCACUUGCUUUUCUUCCCGGGGCUUUCCUUCUUUAAAAAAUGAUAUCAAAUUUGACCAGCAGACUCUCGCCGUCACUUGGAUCCUCUUUUCAGUUCUUGUGACGGACUUCUGUGUAAUCGGUCUGAAACGGAAGAUGGAAAGAAAGAGCUACUCUCUUCCAUUUCAUAAAGGGUUCAGAGUUUGGUUGCCUGAGCCCCAUUUUCCCUCGCCACAGGCGAUCAGGCAAGCCUCUGAAUAUGGCAUUUCCCACAAAGUAAUUCAUAAAUAGGCUCCACAGUCCCCUACCACUUUUUUAGUCCUGGGUGAAUACGAAUACGAAUACGAAUUCCAUUUCUAGGGUCUCAAUUCCACCCACAACCAAUGAUCAGGACACAGAGGAGCCAGCAAAGUCAGGAGGGCCAGUGGUGAAAACUGGAGAGGUACUGAACUCUGGUCUCAAUAAAUGUCUAAAACGGAUAUCAAAAAUCCCCUUGAAAACAGGCCAAAACCUUCAGGGGCAGCCAGCACCUGGGGUUGGCCAGUUUGGGCACCACCAGCUGAGGGCCCACCUGAUUGGCCAACUCCUGAACCCCCAAUAAUGGUGGCGAGAGCCAUGCAAGUCAAAUGAGAGCUUUGUGCCACUGCUGUUAUGACAUAGGAACAGGAAGCUGCCUUCUACUGAGUCAGACCCUUGGUCCAUCUAGCUCAGAACUGUCUGCACAGACUGGCAGCAUCUCUCCAAGGUUUCUUGGAGAUGCUGCCAGAGAGGGAACCUGGAACCUUCUGAUGCUCCUCCCAGAGCAGCCCCAUACAUACCCUAAGGGGAAUAUCUUAAAAUGCUCAUAUAUAGUCCCAUCCAAAUACAAACCAGGGUGGACCCUGCUUAGCAAAGGGUAAUUUUAUUCAUGCAUGCUGUGACAAGACCAGUUCUCUUGUUCCUUCAGAAACUUUCUCAGCUGUUGAAUGAGCAAUAAAAGUGUUUUGUGUGGUGAAACCUCUUCUGUGCCAUUACGCCCCAAACAAAGGUGAACCUCUGGUUCCCCCCACCUCCCCUUCCCUUUCCCCCCUCCAAAACCAAAAGUUGAAGCAGCCUUUUCUGAGUGGAAAAAAGUCCCACAAGCCGGCCGUCUUUUGAAGGGAAGCUGAUCCCAUCUCUCGAGUAUCCCUGGCGUUCGGAUUCCUCCCGAAAAGGUCUUGUGCCUCUUGACUUGGCCUACUUGUGUUCAGUGGGGUGUGCGCCACUGAAUCCUUCCCAGUUUUUUCAACUGAUUUCAAAAGUGCUUGUAAAUUGCUUUGUAUUGUAUUUUGUGGUUUCUCCCCCCCCCUUUAAUUUUAUUUGGGGGGGGGGGUUGUGAUGAUUUAAUGUGUGGUGCUUUUUUCUUUCAUGUUCGAAUGCUGUUUGAAUGCCCAGAGAACAAUUUGUUAUGGAGUGGCUAAGAAAUAAAGUGUAUUAUGCUGGGAAUUCUCUCUGGUAAGAGAUGCCCUUUUAUUACAGCAGAGCACACAGAAGCAAAACACAGCGGAGUCUGCCCAGGCUUGCGUGUCUACGAAGAGCAAAAAGGGAACCUUGGAGCCAGUUCAUAGUUUCCAAUCAAUAUAAAAACUCUUGCCAAGUCUCCUGGGUAUUCAGGCACCCAGCAUGUCGUGACAAUAAACCUUGAACCUGAUGGGUGGUGUGGCCUCC